AUGAUAGCUGAGAACCUAAGCAGUGUGUCUGAGUUCCUCCUCCAGGGGCUCCCUAUCCUGCCGGAGCAUCAGGGCACGUUUUUCACCCUGUUCCUGGGCAUGUACCUGACCACGGUGCCGGGGAACCUGCUCAUCAUCCUGCUCGUCAGGCUGGACUCUCACCUCCACACCUCUGUGUACUUUUUCCUCAGUCAUUUGUCCAUCACUGACAUCUCCUUUUCAUCUAUCACAGUUCCUAAGAUCCAAAUGAACAUGCAGACUCACUGCAAAUAUAUCACUCACACAGGGUGCAUUUUGAAGGCAUUUUUCUUUAUAAUAUUCCGUUAUCUUGAUGGUUUUCUUCUUGCAGUGAUGGCAUCUGACAGGUAUGUGGCCAUCUGUUACUCUCUCCAUUACACCAACAUCAUGAGGGUAGAGCUGUGUCUUCUGUUGGUGAUUAGGUCCUGCGUCCUCACCUGUGCCAUUGCCCUGUCUCAUACACUCUUACUAGUCCCACUGUGCUUCUGUGUUAAUAGGACCAUUCCCCGUUUCUUAUGUGACCUUGCUGUCCUGCUCAAGCUCUCCUGCUCAGAAACCUCCCUCAGUGACCUGAUCAUCUUCAUUCUAGGGGUAAUGUCUGUCUUCCUGCCACUGAGUGGAAUCCUGUUCGCUUAUGUCUUUACUUGGGGUCUCUGUUCUGAGGGUCCCCUCUACUAA